UCCUAGUUAGAGAGCAAAAGAGGGAAAAGAGAGAGAAAGGAAUGCCCACAUUAGUGUCUAUGUCGAGUCCUAGGGUUUCGGUCACCACCCUGACUGUUGCCCUGGUAGUGAUCACAUGUACACUGGGCACAGUUGCAUCUCAAGGCCAGGCAGCUCGUGCAUUCUUUGUGUUUGGAGAUUCCCUUGCAGAUAAUGGCAACAACAACCACUUAGCAACUACUGCACGUGCCGACUCUCCGCCGUAUGGCAUCGAUUAUACGACUCACCGACCAACCGGCCGCUUCUCCAAUGGCCUCAACCUCCCUGACAUUAUCAGUGAGAAAAUCGGGUCAGAGCCCACAUUGCCAUACUUGAGUCCCGAGCUCACCGGACAAAAAUUACUGGUCGGUGCCAACUUUGCUUCUGCCGGCAUUGGAAUCCUCAACGAUACAGGAAUUCAUUUUAUCAACAUUAUAAGAAUGUCGAGGCAGCUGGAAUUGUUCCAAGCGUACCAGCGAAGGCUGAGUGCGCUAAUCGGAGAAGCCCAGGCGCGGCGGCUGGUGAACAGUUCGCUUGUCCUCGUAACACUUGGUGGGAACGACUUUGUUAACAACUAUUUCUUGAUUCCUUUCUCCCAACGCUCACACCAAUACUCUAUCCCCGAUUACUGCGGCUACCUCAUCUCCGAGUACAGCAAAAUUCUAAAGAGGCUUUACGAGCUGGGAGCCCGUAGAGUGAUGGUGACGGGAACUGGCCCACUAGGCUGUACCCCGGCGGAGCUAGCUAUGAGGAGUAGGAACGGGGAGUGUGCAUCAGAGUUACAACAAGCAGCAACAGUUUUCAACUCAAAUCUCGUCCAACUGAUUCAACAACUCAACCGCGAGCUCAAAGCGGAUGUCUUUGUUUUUGCCAAUGCGUUCCAAAUGAACAUGGACUUCAUCAACAACCCCCAAAGCUUUGGUUUUGUAACAUCAAAAGUAGCAUGUUGUGGGCAAGGGCCCUACAAUGGGAUAGGACAAUGUAACUCAUUGUCACACCUCUGCCCAAACCGGAGCAUCUACGCGUUUUGGGACGCUUUUCAUCCAACUGAACGUGCACUUCGGCUCAUCGUCCAGCAGAUCAUGACUGGCUCUACCAACUAUAUGAACCCAAUGAACCUAAGCACCAUUGUGGCCAUGGCUUCCAACAACUAAUUUAUCUAUCUAUAUAUAUAUAUAUAUAAUAGGAGCUUCAAACACUAGUACUUUUAUUGAACUCCAAUGUAUGUACGUUGUCGCUAGUAAGUGUGGGACUUAAUUGUAGCAGCGCAGUUCUAUAUGGUGUGCUUGUAUCUUAAUAUAUAUAUCUUAAUUAUGUUCGCGUA